CCUACAGUAAAUAUUUGUGUUUGCUCGACCGGCUGGAGGACUGAGGCAGAGAGACGGAAUACAACUCGAGUGAAGAAAGAGAGGAAAACGGUCGAAAGUCUGUUUGUAAAGCCAGCCGCCGCGAGUAGGACACAGGCUUCGUCGAAAAAUGGAUGAACUCAAACAUCAAGUCAUGAUUAACCAGUUCGUCCUGACGGCGGGUUGUGCGGCAGACCAAGCGAAGCAGCUUUUGCAAGCGGCACAUUGGCAGUUUGAGACUGCCCUCAGUGCCUUUUUUCAAGAAACAAAUAUUCCAUAUGGCCAUCAUCAUCAAAUGAUGUGCACCCCGGCCAACACACCAGCGACGCCGCCCAACUUCCCCGACGCCUUGACCAUGUUCUCCAGGCUGAAGGCGUCCGAGAGCUUUAACAGCGGCAGCGGCGGCAGUCCCAUGGCCGCCUCCAUGGCCACCUCACCCCCGCCCCCCCAGGUUGGCUGCUGGGGGGUCUCACCAAACGUACCUAAUGUGCCGCAACCUCCACAGGGACUCUGGACUCGGGGGCAGCCCCUCAGGCAGCCCUGCCCCGCUUGGCCCAUGGGCGUGAACCCGCGCGCAGGCACCGAGCAAAAGGCUAGCGUAGCGAUGGAGGCCGAGAGAUGAAGGGCAGCACGGGACUGAAAAGCCCCCCCCGCCCUUUCCACCCGAGGGAGGGAGGGAGGAGGGGAAAUGAAAGCCAGGCGGGUGGGAGAUGAUGAUGGGUAGAAAUGGGUUUUGGUCUUUUUCCCCUAAAGACGGAUGGAUAUGGAAAGAGAUGGAAACUACGUAAACCAAGAAAACUCAACGUGGACAAAUUAAGAAGAGGAGAAAACCAAUGCAAAUGUUGAUACAAAUAUAUAUAUUAAGACAAAAGAUACGCACACACAUAGUAAUAAGAGAGCAACUGAAAUCUUUGUUAGCUUUUCCUAAGUAAAUGCAUAGAUAAGAAAAUAUUAUUGAAAAAAAAAAACUUAAAAAAAAACAAUAAUAAUUGUCACGCCCAAGGAUUCUAUGUGAUGUUCAAGGACAUUCAAGGCAGCAAACCUAAGUUUCUGUUUAGGUUUUUUUUUUUUCAUCUUUUCAGCCGGUGUUUUUUCGCCACUGGCGUUCUGUGUUUCUGUAACUUUCUGUCCUGCAUGAAGAGAGAGGAACUUGCAACGUAGUGUUUGAGAUCGACUCGAAAAUCAACACACACCUAAGUGUAAGUGUGUACGCAUGUGAGCGGGUAAUUAGUUUGUAAUCAAAAAUGCAUACACACACAUAUAUAUGUGUAUAUAUAUAUGUAUAUAUACACACACAUAUAUAUAUAUAUACAUAUAUACACACACAAACCCAAAUACACACAUUAGUGUUUAGAGGAAACGCCUCUAUACUGUCAUUCCCAUCGUCAAAGGUGGGACUUUUCUUACCUCACCUGGUGGUCACCUGACUUCUUUCAGCCAAUCAGGGAUUCUUGUAAAAAACCAACUGUUGCUGCCACAGGACAUGUUUUUAAAGGUUUCUUUCUUAAAGGCAGCAGCCACUCUGGUUUAUGCUCACUGAUCUUAGCAACUUUUCCUGACACAGUUUUAAACCUGGACUCAGACAACAACUGUCCACUGUAUACUUUUUUUUUUCACAAGAAAAAUGAGAAAUCAUGGUUUAUAUAAUAUUGUUUAUAAUGCUAAUUCUGUUUUUGUUAACAGGUUGAGGGGAGGUGGCUUUGAAAAUGGGUGGGACUUCAGGUUGAUUUUUUUAAUUAUUUUGUUUGGAAAGAGUGAAUCAAACACAGCUAAAACGGCUCCAGAUUUAAAAGACAAAAACACGACUACUCCAUCUUUGUAAACAGAAUUGCCACUUUGCAUGAUGUGUUCAUAACAUGUAACUUCUUUUGUAGAAAACAUACAUGAGGUUGAGAUGUGUAUUGGGGGGGGGGAUGUGAGUCUCAUUCUCAAAGCUAAUAUAGAUGCAAACGGUCAAAUCAGCAGUGUCUCACUGUAUGUAAAGGCAAAAAUGGACAAAGUGUCUUGUUGGAUAUGAGAAACAACAAUGUGUGGAGGGGGGCAGCUUUGGGGGAAGCCCACCUUAGACUACGUCAGAUAUACCGUACUGCAGAGGGUUCUUUUUCAACAAUUAAGAAUGGCCCUGAUGUUUGGCAAUAUUUUUAAUACUAGGUCUGCCCCUCUUAGUUUUUCCUGUUUGGAUCAUUUUUUCAUUUGAUACAAGAAGGGCGUGUAAGAAGAGAUAUUUUGAAUAGCUGAGGGCCUUUUUUUUUCCAAAGAAAUGGGGAAAUUAUAGAUAUAAUUAACAAUGAACAAGCAGCUUCCUUUUUAUUAUUUAGACUAAACUAAUGUUCGAGUUCAUCCUUUCCCAUGCUUCAUACUUUAUUUGGUUAGAUCAGAGCGUUUCUGGGUGGGCCUGUUCCUAAAUGGUUUCUCAUGUAUGUUUCCCCACUUGUAUGGCUGUAUGAGACCAUUCCCACAAUAUUUGUGGACUACCUGAUAAUUAACUUAUCAUUUUUGUGAACCUUAAUAAAUAUUGUAUGUCAACCUAA